AUGUCGCCAGCGGUUGGCUCGUUCGUGGUGUGGGACUACCUGGUGUUCGCGGCCAUGCUGCUCAUCUCGGCGUCGAUCGGCGUCUACUACGCCGUGGUAGCCCGUGGCCAACAGAGCACGGAGGAGUUCCUGACGGGCGGGCGGCAGAUGGGGGCCGUGCCCGUAGCCCUGUCGCUCACCGCGAGCUUCAUGUCGGCUGUGACGGUGCUGGGCACACCGGCCGAGGUGUACUGCUACGGGGCGAUGUUCUGGAUUUUCGGAGUGACCUACGGCGUGGUGGUGGUAGUCACCGCCGAGAUCUAUCUGCCCGUCUUCUACCGCCUGGGCAUCACCAGCACCAACGAGUACCUGGAGAAGCGCUUCAACAAGACCGUGCGACUCGCAGGCACCUUCAUCUACAUCAUCCAGACGACGCUGUACACGGGCAUCGUGAUCUUCGCUCCGGCUCUGGCUCUGAAUCAAGUGACGGGGUUUGAUUUGUGGGGUGCCGUUGUGUCGACCGGCAUCAUUUGCACUUUCUACUGCACCAUGGGAGGCCUCAAGGCCGUGGUGUGGACCGACGUCUUCCAGGUGGGCAUCAUGGUGGCCGGCUUCGCGUCGGUCAUCGUGCGCGGAGUCGUCGUGGUGGGCGACCUGGGUCACGUGUUCAACGUUUCCUCCGAGGGCGGCCGCCUCAACCUCCUCGAUUUCGACCCGGACCCACGGCGCCGCCACACGUUCUGGACGAUCAUCGUGGGCGGAACGUUCACCUGGACGAGCAUCUACGGCGUCAACCAGUCCCAAGUGCAGCGCUACAUCUCCUGCCGCAGCCUGCGACAAGCAAAGCUGUCUCUGUAUUACAACCUGCUCGGCCUGUGGCUCAUCCUGUCGUGCGCCGUGCUCUCUGGUCUCAUCAUGUUCACCAUCUACCGCGACUGCGAUCCCUGGACCGCUGGCAUCGUUGGCGCUUCUGACCAGCUCAUCCCCUACUUGACCCUCGACAUCCUGCGGGAUUUCCCUGGCGUCCCAGGCCUCUUCGUGGCCUGCGCCUACAGCGGAACACUCAGCACGGUCUCCUCCAGCAUCAACGCUCUAGCUGCCGUGACGGUGGAGGACCUCGUCAGGCCGUGCUGCCCGGGGCUCGACCCACGCACCCUCUCCCGCCUCUCAAUGGCCGCGAGCCUCCUCUACGGCGUCGUGUGCAUAGCCAUGGCUGUGCUGGCGUCCGUCAUGGGCAGCCUCCUGCAGGCGGCGCUCAGCAUAUUCGGCAUGAUGGGGGGUCCCCUGCUUGGUCUCUACACGCUUGGAAUGGUGUUCCCCUACGCCAACUCCAGGGGUGCCCUCGUGGGUCUGGCGCUGGGCUUCGCCCUCUCGCUGUGGCUGGGGGUCGGCGCUCAGAUCUACCCGCCGCAGGCCAUCAGGACGAUGCCCCUCGCGCUGUCCACGGCCGGCUGCCUCCUCAACGCGACGCUGAGCAACGGCACCGUGCACGCCUCCUCGCCGGCACUGGCUGACAGCUGGUACUCGCUCUCAUACCUCUACUUCAGCGCCGUGGGCACCCUGGCCGUCGUCGUGCUCGGCCUCCUGGGAAGCUUCCUCUUCGCGGGCCGAGAGAAGGGGGUUGCACGCGACCCGAGGCUCUUCGUGGGGGCGAGCGACUCGUCGUGCGGCCGGGCCUGCCCGCUGCUGCCCUUCUCGUGGGGCAGCGGCAGCAAGGACGAGGAGGAGGCUGCCACCCACGGCCUCGAGGUCGCUGCUGCUGCUGCUGCUGGCUGGGAUGGCUCUCUGGCCGGGAUGGAGAACGGCAGCUACGUGGCGGACAAAGUGGGGCAAGGCGACCCCACACCACUCCCGUGCAAGAGCACGCGCCUGUGACGCGCCUGUGACGCGCCGGGGGCAAGGGGAGGGGGCGGGCGCGGAUUC